GCCAAGCAUUGGCCAAGCCCUUAUCAAAAUUCAAAUGAGUCACCUGAUAUGUAUUAUUAAUAUCGCAUAGGGGGUGUUCGAAUUCAACUGGAACCAUCAUGUCCUUCAGCCAACAGCAAUCGACGAGUCCUAUGGAUGCAAAUGGUGUAGUACGUUGCCCACAUGGCGAAACUGCAAUAAGAAGGACUAGUCAAACAUCUUCAAAUCCCAAUCGUGAGUUCUACACUUGCUCGAGGUCAAUCCAGAGCGAGAGGUGUAGAUUCUUUUAUUGGGUAGAUGACCCUAUUUUUCCCCCACAACAGCAUAGUUCGGUAUCUCCCUCUGUACCUGCAUCGUCGAGGCCCCCUCCUUCUCAGAGGCAGAGAGCCGAAUCAGCUCGAACAUUGAGCACACCCCAGAAAAGUCCUAGGAAGAGGAUGGCAGAUAUAGCGGCCGCCUUAAAUGAACCAGAACUUGAGGCCACUUCAACGCCACAAUAUGGUAGCCCCCAGCAAAAUGCAACUGCCAUGAAUGACCGAACGCGCUCAUUUCUUUUUGGCUCCCAAUCCUCUCAGGCCUCGACGAUCGGGGAUUGGGAAGAGACAUCGCCAGAAGAUGACCUCGAACAAAACAGUCCGUCCAGGAGUGUGGACCAGAGUCUUAGAAACAUAGAUCAGAGGACACCAAAGAAACCCAGAGUUGCGUCCGUGGAUCAGCGAUCGGGUGUCCAAAUCCCCUUUCCACUUACUCCACCUCAGACAUCACGCCGCCGCAUCGACAAUUCGGACCAGAGCACAUUCGAAACAGACUUUUUCCCGCAAACGCCGACCAGGAACAAAGGCAAGGAGCGGGAAAAUAGCGGCGGGGAGCAAACGACCUCAGGCACGAAUGCUCGCAUCCCCAGUGCCUUUGAGAGCGGAAGCAGUACUUUCAAACGUGACGUCCCCGCGCAUACAUCUAAACCCCUCGAACGCACCUCUUCCAACCCUUUUAUUGUUGACCAAACUACUGGGGAAAGCAUUGCUUCGUAUCUAGAAGCACUGGACGCUUUAAAGUCACCGUCAUAUAUUCGCAAAAUGGAGAAAAAGCUCAGUGCGCUGGACCAAAGCAAUAAAUUCAAGGCGAAGUACCUCGAGGACCUAAAGGCUGCGAAGGCGGAAGUGGAGAGUGAAAAUGCGCGUUUGAUAGCGGAGAAUGCGGGUCUUCAGAGUGAAAAUGCGCGGUUGGCGCAAGCGAAUGCGCAUCUGCAGGAAAGGCUGCUACAGUCUGAGCACAGCAGCCGCGUCAAAGAUAUCGAAAUUGCCGCUAUCAAGUCCCGUCGUCCUCCAAAUAUGUGAUUUUACUUUAUUGGAAUGGUCUCGCUUCUUGGUUAUUCUGACGCGGCGUGGAGGGUAAGGGGUUCCUGCUGCUGGGCUACGUUCCCAACAUCUUUGCAUUUAGUGGAAGUUGAAUGUUCAAGGGCGAUUUCACAUAGUGAUCCAGACAAUCUACGAUGUGUACCGGACUCAAUCAACCAGCUCCAUAGUUAUUCUUCCAUAUUUUUAUCUAGGCACAUUUUCGUUCACACCAAAUCACUAUCGGUUGGUUCAUCUCAA